CGUCGGGAGCCUCGUCCAAACAGAUCGCGAGCUGUUAGCAGUCUGUCCGCCGCAGCGCCGCUCGGUGCUCCACCGCUUCAUGUUGUGUUCUCAGCCCCGCGUCCCCUACACGCCCAACACUCGCCUCGAAGAAUGAGCGACAACGACGACAUCGAGGUCGACAGUGACGAAGACUCACCGAGGUAUCACUGUGUGGCAGACAAACGGGCACACCACAAUGCGCUGGAGCGCAAGCGUAGGGAUCACAUCAAAGAUAGCUUCCACAGCCUGAGGGACUCUGUGCCCGCGCUCCAGGGCGAGAAGGUUGGUAACCCUCAAACGCAGUCGUCCAAACAGGCGUCUCGAGCUCAGAUCCUAGACAAAGCCACAGAGUACAUCCAGUACAUGAGGCGAAAAAAUCACACGCACCAGCAGGACAUCGACGACCUGAAGAGGCAGAAUGCUCUGCUAGAGCAGCAAGUGCGUGCUCUGGAGAAGGUGAAGGGCUCUGCCCAGCUCCAGGCCAGCUACUCCUCGUCCGACAGCAGCCUGUACACCAACCCCAAGGGCAGCGCCGUGUCGGCCUUCGACGGAGGCUCCGACUCCAGCUCCGAGUCGGAGCCGGAGGAGCCGCCCAACAGGAAGAAGCUGCGUGUGGAGGCCAGCUAGGAAGC